UGGACUUUGGCCAUUUGCAGACUUUGCUCUGGCUGGGCCAGCUGGGCUCUGGGUCAGCAUGGCUGGCUGCAUCUUGCUUCUCCGGGGCUUCAUCCUUACUCUCGUCCUGCACCAGGCGGAGCUUUCAGUGUUUCUUCCAGCCUCAAGGGCAAACAACGUUCUGGUGAGAUGGAGGCGGGCCAGUUCUUACUUCCUGGAGGAAAUCUUUCAGGGGAACUUGGAGAAGGAAUGUUAUGAGGAAAUCUGCAGCUACGAAGAAGCAAGAGAAGUGUUUGAAAAUGAUGUCAGCACGAAUGAGUUCUGGAGACAGUACAGUGGUGGCUCGCCAUGUGUCUCCCAGCCCUGCCUCAACAACGGGACAUGCGAGGACCACAUCAGAAGUUACAGCUGCACGUGCACCCCCGGCUAUGAGGGCAAGACUUGUGCAGUGGCUAAAAAUGAGUGUCACCUAGAGAGGACGGAUGGAUGCCAGCAUUUCUGCCACCCAGGCCAGUCAUCCUACGUGUGCAGUUGUGCAAAAGGCUACAAGCUGGCCAAAGACCACAAAUCGUGCAGUCCAAGUGACAAAUGCGCAUGUGGGGCCCUGACUUCCGAACACAUCAGGAUGACAAAAAGCUGCCAGAGUCUGCCCAGCUUCCCGUGGCAGGUCAGAUUAACAAAUUCUGAAGGAGAGGACUUCUGUGCUGGCGUGUUACUACAGGAAGACUUUGUGUUAACAACAGCGAAGUGUUCAUUACUGUACAGCAACAUUAGUGUAAAAGCAAAUGCUGACCUGAGGAUCGGGAUCAAGAACACUCACGUGCACAUGCGAUAUGACGAGGAGUCAGGGGAGAACGACGUCUCACUCCUGGAGCUGGAGAAGCCCUUGCAGUGUCCCAGCUCAGGGAUUCCUGCCUGUAUCCCAGAGAGGGACUUCGCAGAACAUGUUCUCAUCCCUAGAACGGAGGGUCUCCUCAGCGGCUGGCUGCUUAAUGGCACAGACCUGGCUACCACACCGAUGAUGCUUUCAGUCAAACAAGUGGAUGGGGAGGAAUGUGGACAGAUCCUGAAUGUAACCGUCACCACGAGGACAAGCUGUGAGAAGGGCAGUGUAGUGAUGGGGUCUUGGGUGGAGGGAAGUGUGGUGACCCGCGAACACAAGGGCACCUGGUUCCUCACGGGGAUCCUAGGCUCGCCACCACCACCAGGGCAAUCACGUGUGCUCCUCCUCACCGCAGUCUCGAGAUACUCCAUGUGGUUUAACCAGAUCAUGAAGUAGCAGAAAUCCAACAACAUGGCUGCCAGAGGGUCAAAUCCUGUCACAGUUAGCACUGGAAGAUGACCACUUGUUCCUUGGAACUUUUCAUGUUUCUUUACUCUUGAGAAUUUCAUACACAGGUACAAUGAAAUGUGGACAUGCCCACGCCCCGUUUCCCUUCUCCAACUCCAUUUAUAUUGCCCUCAGUGUGUCCCUCACACUUGUCUUUUUUUUUUUUUCUGAGAAUCCACUCUAAGCUCAGUUAGCACUGCCUCUGUGUGUAUGGUGUGGGCCAUCCUCUGGCGCACCCUCAAAACCACACACUUUUCCUUCUCCAGCUGCGAUCAACUGCCAACAGCUCCCCAGUGAGGAGUGGGGCAGGGAGUACACCCCCAUCUAUGUCAGAAUCUCGUCUGGCUUGAUCUUGUGCAGUCUUGAGCAGGUCACUCCAGCUGCUGUGAGUGUCUGACCAGAAGGCACCAUUUCACGCCAUGUCUCAGCUGUAUGCACUUCUCCAUUCUCUUUGACAAGCUUUCCUAAGCCUGGGUGGAGGCGGAGGUGUGGGUGUGGGGUUGGGGCCUGUUGACUACGAUGUCCCACUUAGGACGGAGCCCUCGGCCCCUUACUCUCAACGCUUUGACUAACUAUGAAUCCUCGAAUUAACUGCGGCCCAUUGUGAGAAGAAGCUUCUCUGACCAAAGCUGCAAACAGUCCAGCUCUGUGGGUACGCGCAUAAAUAUUUAGAAGGCCAUUUUUGACAUAACCACUUAGCAAAGUAACACUAGCGGCUUCUAGGCCUAUGACCUCCCCAGUCACAAGCCUUUGGCCGAGAUUAUAAGCUCAGGCAUGGAAUCCCUGUAAAGCAGGCCUCAAAAUCAACCAGAAAGCAGUUAUUUACCCCAUAAUAGUUAGGCCACGAUUGCACCAGUGUGCGCAUCUUGCCUGGCAUGUCAGUAUUGUGGAUGAGGGUCCAGCACUGGGUAAGACCCUUGUUACCUUUGUUGUUCCUGCAGCUAGCCUGGAACUUCUGGCCCUAUGAAAGCUAGUCAGUAGGGAGUUUCCUUGGUACUUUUUUUAUCUAAACAGAGGCCUUAAGGAAAAAAAAUAGGAUUUGUGAAAUAAAAUCAAUAUCAGUUGUAAA